AUGCAACCUGGUUCUGUUGAUCGUUAUUUCUCACCCACAAGUCCAAGUACUGGACAACCUGCUGAUUUUUCCUAUCCACUCAUUCCUCAAGACACCAAAGUAGUCAUCUUGGGUAUUAAUUCUUUCAUUUCUCGUCAUUUAGCAUUCCAAUUAUUAUGUAAAGGUUAUCAAGUGGUAGGAACUGUUUAUGUAAAAUCGAAACCACAAACAUUGGAAGAAGAAACUCAAGAAGAAGAACAAUUCGAUCGUCUUUCCUCGGUCAUGCCCUAUUUACCCUAUUGGAAACAAUUAUUUUCUCAAAACGAUCAAUUACAAAUUGUUGAAUUGAAUGCUCCACUUCAUUUAAUAGAUUCAUCUGUGUUGAAACAAGUGUGUGAAGGAACCUUUUGUGUGUAUCAUACUUCAUGUGUGAGUACUCCUGGAACUACUGCUGGAGAACCAACCACUGAAGAACAAGCUGAAGAAUUAUAUUACAAACCUACUUUGGAUGGAAUGAAAAAAGUGUUAGAGGUGUGUGAAGAAUGUUCUGUGAAUCGAGUAAUUGUCACGAGUGGAGUUUCUACCUUGUUUAAUCCAUAUAAUCCUCCAAGAAGUGGAAUUGUUUCAGAAUGUGACUGGAAUCAAUCAAGUAAAUUGUCAGAUCCCAUGGGAGCUUAUCGAAUUUCAAAAGUCAAGGCCGAACGAUUCGCAUGGGAAUUCUGUCGAUAUUUGACAUCGGAUCAUAAAAUUCAACUCGUGACCAUUCUACCCACCUUUGUCCUUGGACCUCUCCUUCCCAUUCAUUUGGUCAAAGAAAGCACUCCUACCAGUACAUUGGGUGGAAUUCCAAUUUUAAGUAUUCUCAAACAAGCAGCGUUCGAGGAACAAGAAAAAUUCAGAAAUUUAGAUCAACAAGCACAAAUGGAAGAUAUUCUCUCCAACAUGUUAACAGAAUUGACUCGAGAAGAGUAUACGAUGGAUCAUGUCAGAAAAUCACUUCUCUCUGGAUCUGUUCUUGAAAUUUAUCGAUUAUUGAUUGCACAACAGGAAACUCCUUCCAUUUUCAAUUCAUUGAAUGUUGGAUUUGUCGAUGUGAGAGAUGUUGCUCGUUGUCAUUUACUCGCAUUAGAAACGAAACAAGCAAAAGGAAAUCGAUUCAUUUGUUGUCAUUCGACACUCCCUUUCAUUGACACUCUUCAACAAAUUGCCUCAGAAAUGUCACAAACUUUUCACAUUGAGCAUGUCAAUUCCAAUUUACAAAAUAUUGAAAUUGAAUCAUCGUCAAUGAUGGAACAAGUGACACCCAUGAAAAAGAUUGAUGGAAGCAAAGCUGAAAAGAUUCUUGGAUUGAAAUACACUCCUUUGGAACAAACCAUUCAAGACAUGAUUCAAUCUUUUAUUGAUUGGAAAUUGGUGAGAAUUUCGAGAAGAGGAAGAAUGAUAAUCUCAGAAGCAACAAGAUUACAAGAAUCAAGUAUGACUACUACUACUGCUACACCAACUGUAACUGAAACAGCAUCAUCAUCACGAAUUGGAGAAGGUCUUUCCAAUCGAGCGAAUGAGGAGAAACAAGAAGAAGAUUCUUUAUCAUCUGCUGUUCAAGGUAUUCACCCACAAGAAUCAACAUACAAUGAACCUUUGAAAUUCAAUCAAAUGAUUGAAGAGGAGAAGGAACCAUCCACCACAACCACUCCCUUAGAAGAGAACAUGUUGUCGUCAAGCACUCAGUCGAGUGAAACCGCGGCGGUUCCAUCCGAUCUAUCAUCCUCGAUGGAAAUUCACACUACGAAAACACCUCCUCCUUCGCCACAAACCACGGAGAUCAAUGCAUUGAAAAACAAUGAAUCUGUUCUCGAUCAACAACAAGAAAGUAGUAGUAAUAUCAUUGCAACUGAGAAAGAACAAGUUCAUCCAGCAGGAGGUAAGGGCACAAGUGGUGAGACUGGUAGUGAACAAGGAUCUCUUGUAAAAACACAACCAGAAGAAGAAGAGCAAAAGGAAAAAUUCACUGUCAUUGCAGAGACUCUUUAUCCUUGA